AAACUUGCGUUUCCCAAAUCACUCCCACAAACAAUGGCAACAGUGAAAGAUGAAAAAUAUUCACCGCAGUCCUUAGAGUGCCCUAUCUGUAAGAACAUCUUCAGCGAUCCAAAAAUCUUGCAAUGUCUUCACUCGUUCUGCCGGAAAUGUCUGGAGAGCUACGACGUAAUCGGGGCAGGAACGAACUCGAUCGUUUGUCCCCUCUGCCGAAAGCUGACUCCAAUUCCGUCCGAGGGAGUCCACAUUCUCCCGAACAACUUCCUUCUGACAAACGCGCUGGAUCAUUUGUCCGUCAAAUCAAGCAAAGAGUAUACUCUUCAUUGCACAAACUGCGAGGACGAAGCAGCGGCGACGUCCCGAUGUCUGGAGUGCGCCGAGUUUCUGUGCUCGAACUGCGUUUUGGCUCACCGACGAAUACGAGUGACGAAGGACCACCGCAUCCUGUCGCUUGACACACUGCAAGCCGACAAACAGACUCUACAUCGUCCAUCCUUCUGCGGACAACAUACGGACGAGAUGUUCAUGUUUUACUGCGUCCCAUGCGACUGUCUCAUCUGCCGGGAAUGCACAAUUCUUGAUCAUCGAGGACACAAGUAUACAGGUAUGGCUAUAAUUAUAGAGCUUGGAAAGCAAUAGACUUCCCAUUUCUCUAUUCCUCUCCCUGGUAUCGUUUUUGAUUUUAAAAAUAGGUUGGAAUUUAUAAAGUUUUCUUUGGCAAUAUUGCAAAUUUGAGUAUACUUUCAAAAUUACAAACCGUUUUUGAAAAUCAUUUCAGUUAUCAAAAACGCAAUUUUGAGAUCAGAUUUAAGUUACCGUGUAGAUAUGUUAUUGAGACGAAAUCUACGUUUUCCAUGAGGUUAAGGAAAGUCACAAGAAUAAAUUUAUUCCUGUCACGAGCGUGUUUGAGCGCCUUUCAAACUAAAAGAAAACGGUCUAGGUAAAACUUUAUUUAAAUAAAACGUGAAUUGAGAGGGCUAUUUGCUCAAAUGAUCGUAAAUAUCGACCUGCGUUAAAAGAAUUGUUUGACCAAACAUCACAGAAUACCUUUUCACAAAUUUUUAACAGGUUAUGACAAUAGAGACAUGCAAAAGUCAAAAGAGCACCAGCUACAGUAACUUGUGGUCAUUUGGAGAAAAUCAAAACAGCUCGAAUUGGUCUAAAGUUUUCAACUUUUAUUUGAACCAAAAGGGAAUUCUUCUUUAGAGUGAAAAUUAAAUUGGAGGACUGGAUAGAAUCUCCUACUUUUAAUCUAAUUGAGAGAGCUCAUGAGCUGAAUCUUCUCUUGACUUAUACAAAUGCGUAUUUCAGGCUCGUUUAAGACAAUGAUGACAGUUUUAAAUUGAUUGGCAGGGUGUAAUAAAUAAACAUUCUCCGCUCAGUUAAGCCUGGACUCCAAGUUGAGUCAUGAGGACACUCCUUCCUAAACUUACGCACGGACAAUUACGGAAGAGUGAGAGCAUCUAGGAACUAGGCUGUCUUGAAACAAUUUUCAGAUAAUUGAGAAAUGACGCGUCUCCAUGCUUCCCUUGAUGGACCAAAGGGAACAGGAUAGCUUUUAUAAUUCUAUGGAAAAUGAGUUAGUAAUACCUCUUUUAACAACUUAAUCUUUAAAAAAAAUUCUUUUAGGUCUAAAAGAAGCACUCGAAGAAAGAAAGAUUCUUAUAGAUGAGCGACUUAAAUUCUGCAUCGAAGAGAAGAUUCCUCCUGUCCAUGAUGCUGUGCACGAGGUCAAGACCAUGGCAGCUAAGCUACGCGCACGUGCAGAAGCUGUUAAAAGUGAGAUAUGUGGCACCGCGGAAGAAUGCGUGAAGCGCAUUGUCAGCCGCAAACAAGAAAUACUGGCGAGGGUAAGUGAGUAACCAUGGGAGCCACAUAUCUAAGAAAAUAUGGUAACCCACCAGGACCAAAAACUUUAAUCGUGAAGUAAGAGAAGUUCCUCCUAUGAAGAACUGUAUUUUGCAAUCGCGAAAUACAGGGAAACCACUAGACCACGAGCUCUUAACUUAGAAUUGGAAUACGUUAUAUUAUCUUACUCUUCAACUUACAAUGACAUAAAAUUUACUUCACGGAAAAUCAUUACUUUCCUUGGAAUGAUUUUAAAACAGCGAGAAAAACUGAUGAAAAAAAUAACCAAUACGUUGGUUUCCUCAGUGGGGAAAUAGGAAAUGAUUAGAAAUUCUAAUUCAGUACAAAUUGAGACCAAGCCUCCAUGCUUUUUUCUCUUGUUCACGAAUUCAAGGAUACAUUGUACCUUCUCCACUACUUAACUUGCAUUGAAUUCAUUGCAUGUUUUCUUCGAUAGGUUGACGCCCUGGAGCAAGAGAAAGAGGCUGUGCUCCGCCAUCAACAAAACCAACUAGAGACGGAACUUUUCAAGUACACCAGCUCCAGAGACUUCGUGGAAAAUGUAGUUCUGCAUGGAAAUGAAGUUGAAAUCAUCCAACUUCGACAACUGAUGCUAGAUCGUCUUGAUGAACUCAACGCCAUCAAACUGGAUUACAAAGAACCAGAAGAAAAUGACGUCAUCGAUUACAUCCUAGACUCGGAAGCUGUGGAGAACGUGGCAACCACGAUGGGUCGGGUGGCAUCUAGUGUCACGUUUACCGCUCUGUGCAGCGCACGGGGCCUCGGGACCAAAUCGGGGAAAGUCGGUGUUGAGUCGUCCUUUAUCGUCGAGACAAAAGACCGCUUCGGGAAUACAUCGGUUGAAGGCAGCCAUACAUGUCCACUGCAAGUAAAAGUCCAAGCACCUGAGGGGUUCUUUCUUGGAAACAAAGUCACGAACAACGGAGAUGGCGGCUGGAGAGUGCGUUACACUCCAGUCACGCACGGCAAACAUGAUUUGUAUGUGACCAUCAGAGGGCGCGAGGUUGAAGGAAGUCCUUUCAGCGUCAAUGUGGUGGAAGGGAUUGAUUACACAAAGGUUGGACCAACAUUCAUGAAGAUUGGCUCUCAAGGAACAAAGAGUGGGGAAUUCAAGCAACCCUGCUCUGUAAUUACCGACCAGGAAGGAAAUAUCUACGUUACAGACUUCGUCAACUGUCGAGUUCAAAAGUUUGACGCACUUGGAAAGCAUCUUCAAGAUUUUGGAUCCCGUGGAAGCAAAGAUGGCCAGUUUCAGAAUCCUUGCGGUAUUGCGAUAGACACAAAUGGAAUAAUUGCCGUUUCAGACUGGGAUAAUCAUCGUGUACAGCUGUUUAGUCCCGAGGGAAAAUUUAUCGGCAAGUUUGGAACGAAAGGUAAGCGCAAUGCCUGCAAUAGUACCUUAGGAAAUUUCAUCGGUUCUCCUUUUCGAGAAAAUUCCUUGAAAUUGACAAUAGGAUUUUCAUGGAUAGAGUACGCUUGCAUAUUUUCUUUUAUUGACAAACGAGGUAUGGAAAACGAAAUAUCAGCUGGUCCUGGCGAUUUCUAAUAUACUUGCUCUGUAUAGACUUUAAUAGCCCAACACAACUAAAAGAUAGUUCAGUGGAAGAAAAUCCGACAAGUAAACCGUUAGCCAUACGUCUAAAACGUACUAAGAAAUUUUUGCCACGACUUUACGACCUCUAUGUUCGACAUAAAUGUUAAGCAUGUUAUACAACAUACUUCCAUCAAUUUGGAAACAUCAUUCAGUUCCAUUUUAUCAACUAAGCCAAAUUGAUGGAAGAUCUUUCUCGAAUUUUCAGGACCUGAGGACGGGAAACUAAAUCAUCCGGCUGGUUUGGCGUUAACCAAAGAUGGCAACUUACUCGUGGCAGAUAAAGACAACCACAGAAUACAACUCUUUAACAUGGAUGGUACCCACAUCAUGACGUUUGGUUCCCAAGGCAAUGAAGACGGGGAGCUAAAUAGCCCAAACCACGUGGCUGUCACUGAAGACAACAGUUGCUUGGUAACCGACACAGAAAACAACCGCAUCGUAAAGUUUGACUCCAGUGGCAAGUUCCAUUCAAGUUUUGGUGGAAAAGGUAGCAGCGAUGGGCAGCUUGACCGUCCCGCAGGAAUCACGAUAGAUUCCGAGGGAUUCAUAAUCGUUGGUGAUUUCCAAAACCACAGAGUGCAGAUUUUCCAACCAGAUGGGAAAUUUUAUGCCACAUUUGGCAGUGAAGGAGAUGGAGAGGGUGAAUUCAAAUUCCCAAGUGGUGUUGCUUUGACAAAGGAUGGGCGAGUUAUAGUGGCUGACAGGCAUAAUCACAGGGUUCAGGUGUAUUAAUCACAGUCAAAUAUGGUCACUAUGAUACAAUAAUCAGUGUGAGCUGGAGGCGGUUUAGUACAUACUGGCCGGGAAGUGUGCUACUAAUAGAUUGCACAGUUUUACAAAAAACUAAAAUUACAUUCAUCACCUUAAGAGUGAAUCACUUUAAAUAACAAAGUACCAGUUUAAGUUACAGUAAGAAUAAAAGUAAAUAAACAAAUGUUCAUAUAUUUCUCAAGAUGGACUGCAAAUAGAAGACAAAUGUUUGUACAAACUAUCUGUCAACCAAAGGUAGUAAAUUAUUUGUGUAGUCACCUAUUUAAAAACAUUCCUUUAGAAUAAUUUACUAGAAAAGCAUGUAAACAGAAAGCCAUUGACGACUGAUGUCAAUGGUUUGGUGACCAGUAAACAGGAGAAAAUCACCAACUGAAAUAUUGCUAAAUUGUUAAAUGUAGAGACAUGAGCAAUGGCUACUUCUGUAGGAUUUGACAGCUUGUAAACUAAAAAAACCCUAGAUGUUAAAUAUGAGAAAAAUAAAACUUUCCUUCUAAGAUAGAAGAUGUGUUAUGUUUCAGGCUAUAGCCUAUUUGCCAAAGGCACUUUUUACCUACUCUUUGCUUGGUAUAAUGUUUUUCUACACCUGUGGAUGUUGUUGUGUUAUUAUACUACCCAGAAGCAUUUGAC